CAGUGGUGCAUUCAACUUCCUGAAGAAAACAAAAGAACAAAAAGUCGACCUGUCACCUUGAAAUAUAAAAAGUAUUUUAAUAAAUAAAAUAAUAAUUUGUAGAGAAAAGUUCUAGAGGAUAAAAAAUCAUAAAUUUUGAAAAAUGCUUCGAACUGCGACUUUCCUGGGCAGGCAAGGACUAUUCAGUCGACUCGUGAAUACUGGCAAGUUUGGUCUAGGGGCAGUUCAACAUUCAAAAAAAUUGUGGCCCCUGAAAGGCAUGAGUACAGGUUGUGAAGAACCUCCAAUUUGCCCCCCAGAACCUUGUCUCAUGGAUUUUGGCGCGGAACACGUAGGUUGUUGGCAAGAAAAAUAUGAUAAAGACAAUAAAGAAGCGAAUAAGGACCUUGCUUUGGGAUUCGCUUCCCUAGUAUUGAGUAUUAUUGUCAUGCUUAAAAUUGGAUUUGUCAAAGGCUAUCCUUGGAGUGCCUUCGAAACUAAAGAUUAGAAGAGUUCUGAACCCUUUCUUUAGAAAUCAAGAGAAAAUUGGUGUAAUAAUUAUCAUAAUUGUAUAUUUUUUCUUUUAAAUUAAAUAAAAAGUUC